GGUCUGGCCACACUGAUUUUUGACUCGAAUUUGUUUACAUUUGGUUUUGCGAAUUUCUGCGUUUUUUUUUGCAAAUUGUGGAGUUUUACGAUGGCUGAUGAUCCAGAAAACUCAGUGGACCGACCAUCGGAGGAAGGCGAUGGAAACAAGAUGUUCACCCUGAAGAAGUGGAACGCCGUUGCGAUGUGGAGCUGGGAUGUCGAGUGCGAUAUUUGUGCCAUUUGCCGCGUUCAAGUCAUGGAUUCCUGCCUUCGCUGCCAGGCGGACAACAAGCGGGAUGUGAUGGGUCGCCAGGAUUGUGUGGUGGUUUGGGGCGAGUGCAACCACUCGUUCCACCAUUGCUGCAUGUCGCUGUGGGUGAAGCAGAACAACCGCUGCCCGUUGUGCCAGCAAGAGUGGUCCAUCCAGCGUAUGGGGAAAUAAGUCCCUCCACCUCAAUUUACUUUACUCUGUCUAAGAAUCGUGAACAAAUAAAAAUAAAAGAAAAUAAAAACAAAA